CGCAACUGCUGGCCCCACUGCUUCCCCACAACUUCAUUCAUCCCUCAACCACCGGCGGUCGACCCUCGACGGCGAGAGCAUGCAGCAGUCACGCGCAUGGCCGUCCCUUGCCCGCGGCAUAGCGCGCCGCCUCGCCGGGAGAGCGCCGUCAGCUCCGAUCUCUCCUCUCCGGUCCGCCAGGGGAAUCUCCAGCGGGUCGACCUGCCUGCUUGCCCGCCAGGACGGAGCUUUCGGUCACGGUGGGUUCAUCGAUUCCAUUCGUAUUGGUGGUGUUGUGAUACCUAACGACAAGAGGGUGGAGUACGCGCUGCAGUCCAUCCAUGGCAUUGGACGGGCACGCGCCCGCCAGAUCCUUUCAGAGCUCAAUUUAGAGAACAAGGUCACCAAGGACCUCUCCAAGGAGGAGAUCAUGGCCCUCCGUGAGGGGAUCGCAAAGUACAUGAUUGAAGCAGACCUAAGACGGUUUAAGAGUGCGGCAGUCGAGAGAUUGGAAGGGAUUAGAUGCUACAGGGGCAUCCGGCACGCGGAUGUGCUCCCGGUACGUGGCCAAAGAACAAAGACCAAUGGCAGGACUCGCAAGGAAAAGAGGGCUUGAGUUGCCAACAAGUCGUUCGCGACCCUCCCAGGAAUAAUUAGUCAUGCUGCCAUUAUUUAGCCCCUUUCUUGGUUUGGUUUGUACUGCAUCACCGUGGUACUGUUAAUCGACAUUUACCGUGCUACUGUUCAUUUUAGUGCUGAAAAGGUGAAAAUAAAAGCAUCUCAAUGCUGAUAUCGGAUAUCUGUGAAUCUGUGCCACUGGCCCUUUUAUAUCCCCUUCGGUUCUUUAAA